UUGAUCCUUAACCCUCUGCCCACUCGACUUAUCUAAAUUUUUUAUGGGAGAUCAACAUCGAAAUCCCUCUACAGAUGCUUACAGAAUCUUUGGCAUCCCAAAAGCCAUGUGCAAGACUUACAAAUUUGUCACCAAAUGGAAUUAUGAAAAUAAGAGUAGUCCAAGAAAAUCCGACGCCGACGAACGCAAAUUUGAAGAAAAGUUUUCUACCUACAAGCAGGCCCAAGAAGCGGAUAACACAAUGCACCGAGGUUUUGAUUCAAUAGUCAUAGACAACUUACUUUCACGCCAAGCCUCGCUUAGAAAAAGUGCAAGUAGAAGGAGCCACACGCCCUCACCACGAUCAUCCUCUUACGCCAACAUGACUGCUAAUAUGAGUAGGAGGAGCAAAACCCCGCAACGAAGCUUUCUAUCUAGAAGUAACUCUAAAAUGUUGUCAUCAGAAUUUGGUAGCAAUACUGCAGUCGCCCAUCAGAAUCCGAGUAUGUCAAGAAAUUCUAGCCGGCGAAGUCCUAUCAUAUUCUCUCAAACCACUGCUGCUCCGAGGAAACCUCCUCCAAUUGAGAGAAAACUUUCCUGCACACUUGAUGAAUUGUAUCUUGGAUGUGCUAAGAAAAUCAUGAUUAGAAGAGAUAUCGUCUUGGAUAAUGGGAAUGUUUUGGAAGAAGAAGAGACAUUAACGAUAAAACUGAAGCCAGGAUGGAAAGAGGGAACGAAGAUUACAUUUGAAGGAAAGGGGGAUCAGAAACCAGGGUAUUAUCCUGCUGAUAUAAUUUUCCAAAUCGAGGAAAAAAGACAUCCAUUGUACAGAAGGGAAGGAGAUGAUUUAGAGAUAGGAGUUGAGAUUCCAUUGGUUCAGGCUCUCACUGGAUGCUCUCUUUGUGUGCCUCUUUUAGGAGGGAAGUCAAUGCAAUUGACACUAGAUGAUAUCAUUUAUCCAGGCUUUGAACAGAUUAUUCCAGGCCACGGUAUGCCCAAUCCCAAAGAGAAAGGAAAGAGAGGUAAUUUGAGAAUUAGAUUUUUAGUGAACUUUCCUACAGAUUUAACCGAAGAACAACGUUAUGAAGCUUCUAAGAUCUUGGAAGAUUGUUCUUGAUCAAUCACUUAAGUAAUUGUGUGUUUUUAACAUAUUUACCUCUCCUAAUUUUUGUAAAAUAAAGUAAUUUAGAUUAACGUAAAAUCAUAAAAUGUUUUGGCGCA